AUGGCGAGCCCUCGACCUCUCCGACUGGACUCCAAGGAGGCAGGGAAGAGAAGAAACAACAUGACCCAGAUAGAAGGCAUCUUACAGCAAGCAGAUCCAAGGACUUUUCACCCCAACGAACCGCUACCCUCAAGCACAACAGAGACAAGGGAUCGAACCUCGUCGCAUCUCCUCGGCAACACUGAACUCUGCCUAGAGAAACCGUCCAUGAGCAUCAAACAGGGCGGAGCGAGGCUGGGAAGGGAUCUCAGACAAACCCAGAAGAUGACGACGAGACUAUACACGGCAGAAGAGAUUUAA